AUGACGUCAAAAGAUCCUGCCUCUCAGUCCAAUGGGAUCCCUCUGAAACAGCUGGUCUCUGACAGCCAACAGGACCUGCCCAACCUCAGAGAUGAAGAUGAUGCCAGGCAGAACUCAGUUAUGGUCAUCGUUAUCAUCUGUGUCCUUUUUGCUGCUGGAGUCACUGUGGCUUUGAUCAUCCAUAUUUGCAUAAGUGGAUAUCUGGUCCUGGUCCAAGGUGUUGUGGUGUCUGAUCAUCAGCUCUGCUCAGCACUUGGACAGAAGGUCCUUGAUGACCACGGUUCCAGUGUGGAUGCAGCCAUCAGCGCCACCAUGUGUUUGGGUGUAGUUCAUCCACAUGUGACAGGCAUGGGUGGAGGAGGGGUGAUGCUGGUUCAUGACUUGCGUAUGGAUGAAACUAGAGUGAUCCAUUUUCAGGGAACUGCACCAAAGGCCUUAAAAGAACAGAUGCUCCAAAGUGUUUCAGAUGUUCAGCCUGGUCUGCAGGUAGGAGUCCCAGCCAUGCUCAGAGGGUUAAUCCAAGCCCACCGUCUGUACGGGAGGUUGUCCUGGGUGGAUGUCGUCAGGAGAGCAGCUCAUUUAGCCAGAGACGGUGUCAAUGUGUCCCAGAGUCUGUUUGAGGCCAUAUUGAAGGUCAAAGGUCAGCAGCUGUCCCAGCAUUUCAGAGACCUGUUCCUCCCAGAUGGAAAAGCUCUGCAGCCUGGUUCAGUUCUGAGGAUUCCUGGACUGGCAGAAGUUUUAGAGGCCGAUCCAUCCAACUUCUACAACGGGAACCUGUCUGAGGAAAUGGAAGAAGAGGUCUGGGCCAGCGGAGGAGUUCUGAGCAGAGAAGACAUGAGGAACUACAGCGCAGAGGUUACGAGACCACUGGAAGGCCUGUACCAUGGGUUUAAGAUUCAAGUUCCUCCUCCUCCAUCUGUUGGUGCAGCGUUGAUAUCAGCCCUGAAUGUUUUCGAAGGUUUCCAGUUGGAGAACAGCACAGAGCAGCAGACGUACCACUGGGUGGCAGAGGCUCUGAAAGCAGCUUUAGUGAUGGCCAGUAGUUUGGGGGACUCUAAAUAUGACCCUUCAGUGCAUGAGCUGCUGUCUGACAUGCUGAGUAAGAGUCAGGCACAAGUCAUUGGUCAGAGGAUCAAUGCCUCCCAUCCAUCUCCACCAGAGCUCUUCUCCACCGUCCACUCCCGUCAGAUGGAGCUGAAGGCUGGACAGGUGUUGGUCAUGGGACCAGAUGACCUCAUGGUAUCAGUGUCCAGUUCUUUAAACCGGCCGUUUGGGAGCAGGAUUAUCACUCAGUCUGGGAUCAUCCUCAACAGCCUCAUCCUGGACUUCUCCUGGCCCAACAAAACAAAAGGGCACCUCCGAACCAACCAGAGGAACAGGGUCCAUCCUGGACAGAGGCCCUUGUCCCCUCUCAUGCCCACAAUAGUGGUGCCGUCGUGGCGUGGAUGUGGGCUCCACAUGGCUCUGAGCAGCUCCGACAUACACAGUUUAAGUGCCAUCGCCCAGGUGUUGAUAAGUGAACUGUCCUCCCAUAAAAAGACAAAUGGCAGCCUUUCCCUGAGAGGAGUCUAUCCUGAACUUCAACCAGACAGACUGCUGGUUGACUCUGAAUUUUUAGAAGACGGUGUCCAAUUUCUGCUUCAAAAGGGUCACAUGACCCAGAGGGUGGAGACUACCUCUGUUGUCCAGGGGAUCCAGCGAAACAAGGAUAUCAUCAAGGCCAUGCCAGUGCCUCAGAUAUCUGAUACUGUGUCAUAG